UCACGAUACACUACUUCGAAAAGCAGAAUCGACGACAGAGACAGCGAUACCGAAACACCAAACAGAGGCAGAACACUCGACCGAACAUCCGGCAAGACAAGCCCAUCCCCAUCUCCAUCAUCAUCAAGCAGCCAGAACCAAUCUCAUUCGCCAGCACCAAAGCUCGUUACCAAGGCAGCCUGCAAGAGUCUGUCAGACAUUGUGCUCCGCACCCAACAACGAUGCGGUCCUUGCCAGCGCACUUUCAAACGAGGUUUCCUCCAGAUCAGAAGAGCACGACAGGAACUGCCAUCGCGCAAGAAGCGGAAGCAUCUCAAGAGGGGCAGACCAAUCUCUGGAGAUACCCCGCUCAAAAACGAACUCACGGUAGAGGAUCUGUUGAGAGCAGAAGACGAGACUGCGACUGAUCUGGAAUCUGCGGAAAGGAUGAACGCGACUACGCAGACUGUUAACGGCAUUACGAAAUUACUCCACCUUGAGCCCGCACGCUUCUGGAGAUGCUGGAGACGCUUCAAUGGUAUCGGCCGUCGCUACGUAGACUCUAUCAAAAGUUGA